AUUAUUUCAUCUUCUCAGAAAAUUAGUUCGCGUUCUUACGUGAUCUGUAUUGUUUGAGGAAGAGCUGUUUAAGUAUUAAUAGGCCCCAUCAGUAAAAUCAUCGUCAGUGCAGAACGAGUCACCAACGAACGGUAGAAAUCUCACGUUGAAUUAAUUCAAAGAUAUUGUCGGAGCUCUCUGGAAAAUGGUUUUCCGCCACGGAUGCUAUUUACUUCUCCUACUCCUUGCUCAUUUUACCGCUCUGGGAUUGUCGGCAGUUAAAGAACCAGCACGCAGGUUCCCAUCACGGGUGAAGAGGAAUAUUUUCCAAUUUGGCCGUAUGAUCAAAUGUGAAACUGGCAGAUCCGCUUGGGCCUAUAUUGGCUAUGGUUGUUACUGCGGUUUGGGGGGAAAAGGAACACCUGUAGACGGGGUUGACAAUGGUCUAGUGACUUUCAAAAACCCCGCUAAUUUUCCAAGGCAAUGGCUUAUGACUGAGUUACUAGGGAGUCCUAUUGUGGGUAAUUGUUACGAUCGCAUAAAAGACUCUGGAACCUGUUUCUUUAACUUUUAUGUUUACACUAACAUUUACAGUAGGGUUGGAUGCAGCGGAUGUGCUCCUCGGCCAGAAAAUAAUAGAUGUGAGCUUGCCAUCUGCGUAUGUGACAAAGCUGCAGCUAGAUGUUUUGCAAAUAACAAAUUCAAUAGGUGGUAUGAAGAUCAUCCCAAUUACCUCUGUUAAGAAAAAUUAUGGAAAAAGAUUGACAACCUCUCACUUUAGCCCAUGUAGAUAUGAAUGUUAAUAAGGCAAAUAAAAAGUGAGUUGAGACGA